AUUCCUUUCUUGUUCAAUGAUAUGUUUUAAUUAGGUGGAAUCUCGCGUACUUAAAGCAAUUCGUGCCUGGGAUCGAUUUCCUGCUGACAAAGAAGCUUUAUUGAAAAUUGAAGCCGACUUUCAGAAGGAUCUAGGUUUUGAUUCGUUAGAUCAGGUGGAGAUAAUGAUGGCGAUUGAAGACGAGUUUGGCUUUGAAAUUCCAAUAGAGGAUUCUGAAAAGUUGAAGAACGCUCGUGAUGUUUUUAAGUACAUCUGUGAACGCGAAGAUGUCUACGAAUAG